AUGGAUCCCGCCGUCGCGUGGUAUCAGCCUGAGCAGGAAGGACCCGCGAAGCGCCUUUGGCUUCGUAUUUGGGAGACUCAAAGUGAAAUAGAAAAAAUGAACUUAAAAAAUUUAGAAAACGCUAACCCCAAUGUGAAUAAAGCACAAGACUUUAUACCAAUAAAUGAUAUAAAUGGUGAAAAUAGGAAUAAUAAUUACUUUAACCCCGCGCGGAGGAAAGUGAAUGACAACCGCGCAUCUACGUUUAACCUGAACAAAAACCACGAUGCGCUCAUAGGUGAAUACGGCGGUUGUCCUUGGAGACUGCCGAACUACAAUUACAAGCCUGGUAUAUUAGGGCUGCACGAGGAGAUCGAGCACUUCUACCUGUACAUGUCGCCGACGGAGACGGAGCACCUGGUCCGCACGACCGUGGUGAACCGGAUCCGCGGCGCUAUCCUUACGCUUUGGCCUCAGGCCCGGGUCGAGGUGUUCGGUUCCUUCCGCACGGGCCUCUACCUGCCAACCAGCGACAUCGACCUCGUCGUCAUCGGUCAGUGGGAGAAGCUGCCGCUAUGGACGCUGGAGCGCGAGCUGGUGGUGCAAGACAUCGCAGAGAAGGAGAGCAUCAAGGUGCUGGAGAAGGCUACUGUGCCCAUCGUGAAGAUGACCGACAAGUACUCAGAUGUUAAGGUGGACAUCUCGUUCAACAUGAGCAGUGGGGUAAAAAGCGCAGAGCUCAUCAAACAGUUUAAGGAGAAAUACCCAGUCCUCUCUCGGCUCGUGAUGGUGCUAAAACAGUUCCUCCUCCAGCGCGACCUGAAUGAAGUGUUCACUGGAGGCAUUUCUUCCUACUCCCUCAUCCUCAUGUGCAUCAGCUUUCUCCAACUGCAUCCGCGACCCGAGCGGUUAAGGCAGCCCCACAACCUUGGAGUUUUGUUGAUAGAGUUCUUCGAACUCUAUGGAAGGAAGUUCAACUAUGUCAAGACUGCUAUUCGGGUCAAGAAUGGGGGAUCGUAUGUUUCAAAGGACGAGCUUCAGAAGGAAAUGAAUGAUGGUCACCGUCCAUCGCUACUGUGCAUCGAGGACCCUUUAACGCCCGGUAACGACAUCGGGCGCUCUAGCUACGGAGCGCUACAAGUCAAACAGGCGUUCGACUACGGGUACAUCAUCCUGCAGCAGGCGGUGGCGCAGAGCUCGCUGGUGGCGCGGCACAGCGCGCUGGGGCGCGUGGUGCGCGUCACCGACCACGUGCUGCAGUACCGGCGCUGGGUGCGCGACACCUUCCACCCCUACUUCUUCACCGCGCCGCCCGCGCCCACGCCGCCGCACCACCAGCCCCAGCCGCACCACCACUCGCCCCACCCCUCGCCGCCCGACCCCGAGCCCAGCGACAGCGACCAGGAGUGGUCUGACGGAGGUGUGAGCACGGUGGGUGCGGGGGCGGGCGCGGGCGCGGGGGCGGGCAGGUCGCCGCCGCCGCUGUCGGCGCUGCAGUGCUCGUCGCCCACGCCGCGCCGCGUGUCCGCGCACCAGAGCCUCAUCAUCCACCACAUCACCAGCAACUCCGACUUCAACAACAUACCGUCCGGUGUAAUGCAACAACGCUACGGCAACAACAACAAUAACAACAACAACAACGACAGCAAGAACCGGGCGCGUUCGUUCACCGCAAAGCAGCGCCGUUACCCAGGCUCCCCCCCUCCACAACGCCGUCAGGACCCUCGGAACAAGAAGAGGCGUCAGUUCGCUCAACCACCACAGCGAUGA